AUGUUUAAACCAGGAAUAAGCAGAGGGUUUACUAGACGGUUUUCCCGGUCGAUACCAAGGACAGAUCUUUUUGGCGGUGGUAAGAUAGCUAAUCCCAAUCAGCAGAUUGGUGCACCAUCUGGAAAAUCUGAAACUUCAGCAAAUCCGGCUGACUUGUUCAAGAAAAAUGAUAUUUUGAUGUUUUCCACAAAGCCCAUCAAUUAUAUCGAAUCAGUUAAACCAAAUGGGUUCCACCUCUCAAACAACUUGUUCAUCUCGUCACCAGAUACGAAUGGUGACAUAAUUGGGGCUUUACUUGUGGAAACUGAGACUUAUGAAGUCAAUCUAUCUAAAGAAGGUUUCAAGAUCAUAAACGGAUUCUUGGUGGAGUUCAGUAAUGAUAUACUUAAAGUAUUCGAAAAAAUUAACCCCAAACCCGAGAUCUUGGUGGUAGGACUCGGGAAGAAGUCUCGAAUGUUAAGCCCCGAUAACAGGAAGUACUUGUCAAGUUUAGGUAUCCAGUUGGAAGUAGGAGAUUCUUCUCAUUCAGCCCAGAUUUUUGAUCUAUUAAGCACAGAAAGACCUAAGACCAUCGGAGCACUCUUGCUUCCUCCAAACGUAUAA